CCUUUUAUGUCAUAGAGAAAAUUUGAAUUUUCUUUACAACUUAUUUUAGCAAACCUAGAAAUUUUCCAAGCAAACAACGAGGAACAUAUUAUUUCGCGGGAUAAAGCGCAAAGAAAAUAAAAGUACAAAUGAACAUGUCUUUGUUGCGCUCUGCAAAUUGGCUCACACAAGCCCUAGUAAGGUCAAAUAAAUCGCCAAAAGUAACAAAUGUUGCUAAAAGAAUCCGUUUGUAUGCAACCAGAGAGGAUCCACGAGUCACAAAAGGACUGGUAAUUGGAGUAUAUCAAAAAGAAGGGGACAAGGACCCAAAGUUAACUACCAGCGGAGAAAAAUUUGAUGAUCGAGUCCAGGGAAAAGUUUCUGAACUUAUCAAAGAAUGCAAUAUAACAGGACAAUUGGGCAGGGGCAAGGUGUUCAAUAACAUUGACCAAGAGUUUCGAUCUGUGGCUGUCAUUGGUAUGGGACGGGAGGGUGCUGGUUUUAAUGAACUGGAAAUGAUUGAUGAAGGCAUGGAAAAUGCCCGCGUAGCCGCUGGUGUGGGCGCCAGAAGCCUUCAAAUGCAAGGAUGCUCUGAAGUCUUUAUCGAUUCAAUGGAAUAUCCCGAACAAGCGGCUGAAGGCAGUGCCUUGGCUGUAUGGCGUUACAAUGAUAAUAAACAAAAGAAAAAUCGCACCAUAGUUCCAAAACUAGAGCUAUAUGAUUCACCUGAUGUUGAUGCCUGGACACGGGGACUAUUUAAAGCCGAAUCUCAGAAUUUAGCUCGCCGUCUAAGUGAUGCCCCCGCUAAUCAAAUGACACCCACAACAUUUGCUCAAGCCACCGUGGAUGCUUUGUGCCCAUGUGGUGUUACCGUUGAAAUACGUACCAUGGAAUGGAUUGAACAACAGCGUUUGAAUUCAUUUCUAACUAUAGCCAAGGGCUCCUGUGAACCCCCGGUACUAUUGGAAAUUAGCUAUUGUGGCACAGCACCGGAAGACAAGCCCAUACUAUUGUUGGGCAAAGGCAUGACAUUUAAUAGCGGCGGCAUUUGUUUACGUCCUUGCAAAGGCAUGGAUGAAUAUAGAGGUGCCAUGGCGGGUGCGGCUGUUUGCGUGGCUGCUAUAAGAGCAGCAGCUGCCCUAUCAUUGCCCAUAAAUAUAUCGGCAGUUAUACCAUUGUGUGAGAAUAUGCCCUCGGGAAUGGCAUGUAAGCCCGGCGAUGUGGUUACAUUAUUAAAUGGGCGCACCUUGGCCGUUAGAGAUACUGACAAAGCUGGCGUUGUGGUAAUGGCUGAUCCUUUGAUAUAUGCUCAAACUACUUAUAAACCACGCUUGGUAAUUGAUGUGGCCACUUUGGGUAGCGGUGUUGUUCAGGGUUUGGGUGGCAGUGCCACUGGUAUAUUUUCCAACUCACAUUACAUAUGGAAGCAAUUCCAAAAAGCGGGCUCGCUAACUGGAGAUCGCAUGUGGCGUUUGCCGUUAUGGAACUAUUACAAAAAACUUGUGACAACUAACACUAGCUUCGAUAUCAGCAAUAAUGGUGAAGGUCCAGCCUCCAGCUGUUUGGCAGCUGCCAUUUUACAUGAAUUUGUGCCCUGUGUUGAUUGGGCUCAUUUGGAUAUACGUGGAGUGGGUAUGUUAACCCACUACGGCACCAUACCAUAUCUCUUGAGGGAUCGCAUGACGGGUCGACCAACUCGCACUCUAGUUCAGUUCCUAUACCAAAUGGCCUGCCCAGAUGCCAAUAAAUAAUGUCGCACCUACCAAUUUCCGAAACUAAAAAUUAAUUGCUAAUUAAUAAUCAUUAGGUGUUGUUAUAUUUUAUUACACGGAGUGUCAUGGAGUGAAAAUUUGCUGUGUACUAUAUGUUGUUUUCAAUUCUACGAGUUUUAUGUAUAUUUUUAUAGAAAUAUUGUUUAGAUUUUUACUUGAAUAUAUUUCGAAAUUUUUUUAAAGAACAA